AUGCAUGAAGGAGAAAAGAUAAUGCCUUUCACCUGCAAGGGGACACCUUUCAUUCUCAUCAGCAUUCUUUCUGUGGACUGGGAAUUAACAAGAGAAAAUAAGUUUUAUAUCCGGGCAUAUCGUUUUCUUAGGGGAAUGUUUUUUGCUGUAAAGGAAAUUAAUCAAACCCCCGAAUUAUUACCCAAUGUCACACUGGGAUUCCACAUUUUUGAUACUUGCUUCUCUGAAACACGAGCACUGCAGGCUGGUAUGUGGCUAUCAUCAGGGCAGGAUGACUCCAUUCCAAACUAUCGCUGUCUGUCUCGGUCAGUGAUCCCUGCAAUCAUUGGAGAUGGACCUCCAGCUUGUUCACUUCCUGUUGCUAGAGUACUUGGUCUCUAUAAAUUCCCACAGAUCAGCCAUGGUUCAACUCUCCCUACAGUCAGUGACAAAGCACAAGUUCCUUCAUUUCUUGCAGUUGUCCCAAACAGUAAGUAUCAGUCUAUUGGAAUUGCCCGAAUGCUAAUUCAUUUUGGCUGGAGAUGGAUUGGAAUUGUUGCCUCUGAUAAUGACUAUGGCAUUGAAGGAAGUCUGGAUCUUAAACAGGAGUUUCUCAGUGCAGGGGGGUGUGUGGCUUUUCUUGAUAUUAUUCCCAUUCACAAUUCCAUGGAGCAGAUGAAGAAAACUGCAGAGAUUAUUAAAAAGUCCACAGCAACUGUGGUUGUGUUAUUUUUGACAACAGAGAAAAUCGGUCCUUUGAUAGAGGAGUUAUUCUUAUUAAAUGUUUCUGGAAAAGUAUGGAUUGCAACAGUUUCUUGGCCCAAUAGUGAAGAUUUUUACAGCACUACGGUUCAAAUAAUUGCUAAUGGCACACUAGCAUUUAUAUAUCACAGGGGCCAAAUUAAUGGACUAAAAGAAUUCCUUCAUAACAUUCAUCCACUAACUUCACCAAAUGACAUUUUUAUUACUUCUCUAUGGGAGAAGCUUUUUCAUUAUGUAAAGAAUGUACACUUUAAAAAUCGAGCUGGAGAUGACAUAUUUUUCAAUGAACAUGGUGAAGGACGUGCUAGAUAUGAUAUUGUAAACUGGCAAGUACUGCCAAAUGGGACGGUCAAAAAUCCUAAAGUUGGCAUUUAUGAGUCUCGCACACCGGGCCAUCAUGAAGUUUCUAUAGAUGAAAAUGCCAUUUUCUGGAAUACCAUGCACUCAGAGGUACCCAAGUCUGUCUGUAGUGAGAGUUGCCCAAUGGGACAUAGAAAAGUUGCUCGUCAAGGGGAGCCAAUAUGUUGCUAUGACUGUGCCCCUUGUUCUAAAGGAGAGAUCUCUAAUCAAACUGAUUCCAUAGAGUGCUAUAUGUGCCAUGAAAUGUACUGGUCUGAUGGGAAACAUGAGAAAUGCAUUCCCAAAACCAUCGAGUUCCUGUCUUAUGAAGAAAUACUUGGCAUUGUAUUGUGUACUAUUUCACUGUUGACUUGGCUGCUCUCUGGUUUUGUACUCUGUGUUUUUAUUAGGUAUCGUGAUACCCCUAUUGUGAAAGCAAACAAUCGUGAACUCAGCUACCUUAUCCUUGUGUCUCUCAUGCUUUGUUCACUUUGUUCUUUGAUAUUUAUUGGCCAUCCAGAGAAAACAACAUGCAUGUUAAGGCAAACUGCUUUUGGUUUAAUAUUUUCUUUCAGUGUUUCUUGCAUUCUGUCCAAAACCAUAACUGUUGUCAUUGCUUUUAAUGCUACAAAACCUAACAGCAGGUUACGUAACUGGGUUGGGAAAAAAAUCUCUAACUCCAUAGUAAUUUUGGGGUCCCUCAUUCAGCUGGCCAUAUGCAUAGCAUGGCUUUUGAUCUCUCCUCCUUUUCCAAAACAAAACUUUGAAGCUGAAGGUGGAAAAAUAAUUAUAGAAUGUGAUGAAGGCUCACCCACUGCUUUCUGGUGUAUGCUCGGGUACAUGGGGGUGCUGUCCACAGUGAGCUUUAUAGUAGCUUUCUUGGCAAGAUCAUUACCAGAUAGCUUCAAUGAGGCCAAGUUUAUUGCCUUCAGCAUGCUUGUGUUUGUCAGUGUGUGGCUUUCCUUCAUCCCUGCAUUCCUCAGUACUAAAGGGAAGUACAUGGUGGCUGUGGAAAUAUUUGCCAUGCUGUCCUCCACUGCUGGAAUGCUAAGCUGCAUAUUUUUCCCCAAAUGUUAUGUCAUAUUACUGAUGCCUGAAUUAAAUACCAGAGAACAAUUAAUGGGUAAAAAUAUUAAUAAAAAAUAA